AUGCAGGAGCUCUUUGCACAUACCAGAGAUGUUCGCACAACCAGAUCUCGCUCUCCGGAUUACAGAGAGAGCUCUCACGGUGGCAUCCCGGGUGACCCAGUGUAUUCAGAGGUUCGAGAAAAACCGGGUUUGAAGUGCACUUUGCAGUGGGAGCUCCCGGCGCUGGUGGAACAUGUAUCCGACGUUGAGAAAUACCUUCUUAGCGCCAGCACCCUAACUCAAGAAAGAGACCGAGUUGAAUGGUGUACUUGCAAAAGCUACAUCCAGAGGUUCAGUGGAGGAGAGGCAUUUUUGACAAAAGUUGUCAAGGCGUUGAUGACCGACGACUGGAUCUACUGUGACGAUGAACUUGUCAUUGAGGUCGAGAAUGAUUUCGUUUCCCUUGUCCUUGAUUCGAAGCGUCCAGAUUUGGAAGAAAUGCUGUUAUGGUUGUGCUUGACCUUUCGCCCUCCAAAAAAUGGGACCGUUAGCACAUCUGCAGCUAUCUGGAUAAAUGGCCAAUGGGAAUUGCGUACCUUGGAGGAAAUGGUUACUUCUGUUACAACCGGAAGCUGCUGGACUGGAUUGUUUGAGUCUGCUAUAAUUGCGACCCUCCCAUCAAAUCGCUUCUCAUCCUCUCACUGGUUGACUGUGGACUUUGAUGAAAUGGUUAGUCUGGCCGCCGUCGAGUACAGUAUGGCUGUUGAUUCUGGAUGCAUUCUCAUGGGAUAUUCUACGGCGUUGGUCCCAAUGAAAAUCAACGAAGCCAACGAGGUUAUCUGGCAUCUUGAAGUCAACGAGAAGUAUUCCCAGUUCGGACUUUCCCAGUUUAGACUUUUGCAGCUCAAAGCUCUCACACGACACUGGCUCAGCGAAUGUACCCUAGAGGCGCUGCAGUCGAGAAAAGCCCUGAUAGGCUGGUGUCCAGAGGCCCGUAUUCUGCUGGGAACGGACCAAAUCAACGCAGCCACUACGAAAUGGUCUGAUGCAAAGUCCAAGCGCACUUCUUGGCGGUGGAACGGCAUCAAUCUCCAGUUGGUCGCCCAAUCCGCUGCACCACUUCAGGUGGGAGGCCAGGUCGGAGUAUCGUUUGAUAGAACCAUCAAUACCCUCAAGUUCAACCCUGCGCGGAACUAUCAAAAGUGCCUCGUCAACGCUACAGUUGAACAGACGGUUUUAUACGAUGUGGCGGAGAAGAGGGCGUGGCUGGUUCCUCUGAUUUGUGUCUACCACCACAUGUUAUUUGUAUACCUAGAAAGCGUCCACCCUGAUGCCCGAGCACAAGCGGCAGACUCCUUACAUACCGAUCCUUCAGCGGAUGGAGCAGCGGCAUCUUUAGCCAUACUUCAAGGGAAGGGCUCCUACGUGAUUCAAGGAGAAGAUGACGACACGUUGACCGUCCGCGAGUUGAUCAUGGGAUUCUCUACAAAUAUUGCAAAGACGUCGCCGCGAAGAGGAUCAUCAUUGGAGAUAUAUGGAUAUGAACUCAUGGAUAUCGUUAUGGAUUCGCCGAGCACCGAACUAAAGAGAAAGACCCUUCGGAUGGAGGGCCUUUCCUGGGCCCCAUUACUUGAAUUUGUGAACUGCCUGUUUUGCUCUGGACUGGGCGAUGCGAUCGUUGGAAUGCGUGCGGUCAUCCCGGACUCCCCAUGCAAUAGAUUGCCUUGCGGAUACGACUGGAUGGCUGCCUCAGUACGAAGCAUGCAAUCCAUGCGGCGCAAGCAGCUCCCUGUCGAACACUCAAUUUUAAUUUUGCUGCACCGCCUCUCGACGAAACGCUUCAAGUGGGUUCUAAGCGGUGUGCCCUUUGAGACGUGCAGCCACGAAGCGACCAGCGAGGUCACAUGUUGGACAUCCAACGCAGUUUGUCUCCAAGAUUUAAAGAGCCAUAUUAGCCCAAACGGUGGUGAAGAGCAGGAAGAGAUCAGCAGUUCUGAUGGUGCCAUCAUCUUUGGCCGCUGGGGAGCAGCACCACCGCGUCAAGCCAUCCCCACCAAGACAGGCCUGGAAUACAUGGCCCUGAGACCAAAGGUAGGGCGCAUAAAGAUUAUAGAUACAUGGAAAUAG